UAGCUACAGGAAAUGACGUCAUCACAAACUCGGAAAGACUGGGCUCGAAUUAGUCGUGAAAAUCAGACGAAAUAAGAUGGCGAGUUCUGUUGGUGGUAUACCUACCACUUAUCAUAACCAGAGCGAUCCAAACGCAGCUUCGUCUAGAGAUUUCUACACCGGUCUUGGAUUAGCCAUCAGUUCUAGUUUGUUCAUAGGAACUAGUUUCAUUGUCAAGAAAAAAGGACUUCUAAGAGUUGCAAAAAGGGCUGGAGUGAGAGCAGGACAAGGUGGGUAUGCUUAUCUCAAGGAAUGGCUUUGGUGGGCGGGCAUGAUUUCAAUGAUUGUCGGAGAAAUUGCUAAUUUUUCAGCAUAUGCAUUUGCACCAGCWAUUCUUGUCACUCCGCUUGGAGCAUUAAGCGUUUUAGUCAGUGCCAUAUUGUCUUCUUACUUUCUGGAUGAAAAACAAAACCUUCAUGGUAAAGUGGGUUGUAUAUUAUCUCUUAUUGGGUCUACUGUUUUGGUUAUACAUGCWCCACAAGAGGAAGAAGUUGACUCUAUUGAAGAACUUGAAGCCAAACUUAUUGAACCAGGUUUUAUUGUUUAUGCAGUUUUUGUUCUUCUACUUGCGUUUAUCCUUAUAUGGCAUUUUGGUCCCAAAUAUGGCAAAUCUAACAUCCUAGUUUAUAUUGCUAUUUGUUCUCUGAUUGGCUCUCUGUCUGUCAUGGGUUGUAAAGGUAUUGGUAUAGUUCUCAAACAGACAUUACGUGGAGAUAGUCAAAUAGCAAACCCUGUAGCCUGGGGGCUGAUAAUUACAGUAUUGACUUGUGCAACAACACAGAUUAAUUAUCUUAACAAAGCCUUGGACAUAUUCAACACUUCCCUUGUGACACCUAUUUAUUAUGUGAUGUUUACACUGUUGACAAUUAUUGCAUCGGCAAUUCUCUUCAAAGAAUGGAAAGCAAUGAAUGCAAAGGAUACCAUUGGUGCUAUUUGUGGUGUAUUGACAAUUAUUUUCGGAGUGUUUUUACUUCAUGCUUUCAAGAAUGUGAAAUUCAGUCUGAAGGAUUUGAAUCUUUUCCCAAACCCAAAGAAAAAGAUUGGUCGAAUCCAAGAUGGUGCAGARGCCAUGUUAAUGAGAAAUGUAGAGACUGGAGGGGAUGAAGGUGAUGACGAUGAAGAGGAAGAAACUCAUUUUACGACAAAUCAUGUUAACCAUACUUGACAAGUUGGAAAACACAAUGGCAAAUAUAUAAUAAAAAAGUGGUAUUUUAAACAGAUUAUUUAUGAGUAAUCUWUUAUUUCAAURAAAAUGAUGAAAAUCAUAUUUAAAYGGGCMUCAAUAAUUUUCCAUUAGAUUAACAGUUAUUCAUAUUCUAGAGUUAUGGUAAGUGCAAGAUUUUGCAUAUGUGAAAUAUUAUCUAUUAAAAUUACUCCAUGCAUUAUGAUGGUUGUAAUUAUGAUUAAUAGGCUUCAUUGAGUGAAAAAAAAAUUCACCAGUUUGAASAUUUUUUACUCCAAGAAAUACGUCCAUUUCCACUCAUAGAAGCCUAUCAUAAGUUUUAACUWUUUAGUUAUAACAGUCUAARAAUUUACACAAAUGAAAAGAGCUUAAAGACAACAAACAAAWCAMGAMCAUGCCACUUUUGUURYAAGUUCAUCCUUACCUCACAACCUGGGCUGGUUGUGCAUGGAAGUGAUGGCAUGUGUUAAUUUUUUUUUCUUUUCAGACAUUUAAAGGGCAGCCAAAAUUUAAGUCUUUUAAGCCCGAUUUAGACGAYACAACUUUUGCCUACAACCAUCGCAUACAACCUCCAUUAUUCAUCCUUACAACAUAGCUCUACAACUGUCAUCUGUGUCAUCUAAUUCAGCAUUUAGAAUUCAUGUUUUUAACAGCAAAUUUUUUAUAAUUUACAAAAUUACACAUUUAAAUUGCAUGCUGCAUGUUGCAUUAUAUCUUAUAAGGAAAUAUUGCAUCACUCCAUUGUAAAUUUUACAUAAAGUGCCUCAGGAGCUGAGUCUGCAGUGAUUGAUAAAGAGGUAUGCAUUAUYGCAACUGCYGUCUCACUUUCAGACUCAGYUACCUUUCAAGAUGGGCCAGGGAACUGUAGAAUAGAAUAUCAUGAAUGAUGGUAUGCAAAAUUUCAAAUAGAAGUUGAGAACUAACACUAACUAAAUAUGUUCUAAGUAGUAAUAAUCUUUUAAUCCAUGGACUGAGAGUGUUUUCACUCCUACAUUGUACAUAUGUUUAUAGUAAUUGUGAUUUUUACCUAGCAAAUACAUUUUCUAGAAACCUGUUUAUAGUUAAUAUAUUGUAUACUGUAAGUUAAUGUUAAUAUAUGCAGAUGUAAUAAAGUUAUGGACUCAACUCA